AUGAAAUUAAUAACGAUUUCAACUUAAAAAUGUGCUAAUUUAGUUUACAACUUGAAAGAUAACAAACUAAGUACAUUAAAUGGAGGUAUUGAUUAGACAUUUCAUCACAAUUGGGGAUCAUGUGUAGACUAUAAGCAACUUAAAUUUAUUGUAUCUUAGCCUAAUUCUACAUUACAGCAUUUCGAUUCAGUAUAGUUUUAAAGUUUAUUCAAUACUACGUACAAGAGCAAAAAGAUUUAAAACAUCAACUUUGGACAUCUUUUGAUGAUACAAGAGCAUUCUGUGAUCUCUAUAAAUCCGUCAGAUAGUUUGGUAUUAAUCAAUACUUCUUCAAAUAAACUGUUGACUUAUGAAAAACUAAUAAGCAAUGAAAAUCAAUACAAGUUCUAUUACUAUGAUAAUGAAAGCAUGAAUAUUUCCCUUUUAGGACAGAGAACUCAAGAUGGAAAACUAAUUUACACAUCUUAUGAGGUAAUGGAUUUAUAAACAUCUUUGUACUUUCUGAUAUCUAAAUAAAAAAUAAAAAAUGCAAUCAAGCUCGCUCUUUAGUUUAAAAGCCUUCAAAAGCUAGACGUGCUUGAACCUCUGUUAGUAAAUUUAUUCAGAAAGAAAUAGAAAUAAGAACUAUUAGAGACUAAAGAAUAUAAAGUAUUUAUGGAGAUGGUUAAAUUAAUUGAAGAAUAGAGUAAAAUUUAGAAAAAUUAGCAAGAGGAAGUUCCUAUUGAAAAUUCUUAAAAUAGAUCAAGAAAUGAUGAUGAAGGCUUUGGCUAAGUAUUAGAAUUAAAAUAACAAUAAAUGUCAGAACUGGUAGGAGAUUUCGUUUAGCUUUAGGAAUAUAAUCUAACAAAGGAUGAGCAUAAUUUUGCUGAUAAUCAUUCUUAAAAAAACUUGAUCUCAGGUUUUGAAUCUUAUAGUGAAGUGUUAAUAAGAGAAAAAGCAGAGAAAUUAAGGAAAGAAUAAAUCAAAAAAUAAGAAAUAUUAGCCAAAAAAUUGUAUAAAGAGAACAAGAAAAUAUCAAGAAAGAGGAAGAAAAAGAGGUUCGAUUAUUAUAUAGAUAAUAUAUUCUUGCAAAAGCUUCUAGUCCUAAGUUAUCAAAAUAACAAACCAAUGCUAGUUAAGAUCUUAGUUAGCAAGAAAAUGCCUCGAGAUUUUAAACUGAAAUUGCUAUGGAAUACCAACGAUUAUUGUUCAUUAGUUUAUAGAAUGGAAAAGCUAAAAUAUCAAAACUAGGAUUACGCAAGAUAGUUGAUUAAUUAAAAGUUCUAAUGCUAUAAAACAGAUUUUUAUGUGAACUAUAAUGGAAGGCUCAAUACAAGAUAUUACCUAGUUUCUAUAAUUUUGCCCAAAUUAAAUGAAGCCUUGACUAUAUCUAGAGUUUAAUACAAGUUAAAAUUUAAAAUAAAGCUAGAUGCAAUUGAUCAAUAUCUGAUUUCAGAAUACUAUCACAUUAGAAAUAGUCUUAAUAAAUGA